UAAAAUCAUUAAAAAACUAAAAUUUAGACCAAAAAACAACAAAAUUUAAAGUCCAACUGAACCUAUUACUCUAAGAUUUCUUUGAGGUAUAAAACAACUUCCAUCACAACUACAAUAUGUUUCCCGAUUGCCGAAGUAAACGCUCUCGCAACUGUUCCCCUAGUAAAGCCAACAAUACAAACUCACAGCUGCAACAUCAGUGUGAAAUCUGCCAACCAACUUGUAGCAAUCGAAAUGAAUGUGAAAGACCAUUUCUCUGUCAAGAACUCAAUUCAUCGUAUUGGUGCAAAUGUCGUCCUCCUAUUCACCGGGACUAUUGCGAGUAUUGUAAAUCAAAUGAUAGGAAAAAGGAAAGUAAAAGCGAGAAGAACGAUAGCGCGGAAGAAAAAUAAAUUUGAAGUGAGAUAAUGUCGUCAAAGGAUGUUUCGAAAAAAAACAAAUAGACAAAAUCUCCUUUUUUCAUGUAUUUUCGCGUACAACUAAAUACAUAAAAUUUCAAAAUAUAUAUUUUUAUAAUUCAUACAAUAAUUCAAAGAAAUUUGAACUCUAAAUCAUUCGGUCUUAAAUAAAUGUAUGGGCAUUUUCAAAAAAAUUACUAUUGUAUCGAAUAUUAUAGAAGAGUUCAUUGCUGCCAAAUUCAGCCUAUUGUUUGUUGCAUAACUUGCUGUCCUUGCCAAUCAUUUUGCUGUCAAACCUUUCGUAUUUGUCCUCGAACAUAUCGAAAACUUUCUGCAAUGCCACCAAAACUUAAUUCAUCAAGCGAAACAUCGUCCACAAAAAAAAGUGCAAAAUUGAAGAAAAGAAAUUUGAAAUCCAAAAAAGGCAGUAAAAAUACCAAACAAAAUACACAUUAUGUUGUAGAUGAAUUUUCCUUAGAGGAUAGUAAAGCUAGUAAUUCAAUAUCAAGUAUUGAAUAUUCCACUCACCCCUUCAGUGUGGGCAAUAAUGUGCGUUUAACACAUUCUGAAAGUGUAGUGGGGAGUAGAUCUAGUGUUGGAAGUCAUAAUAGCAUUAAAUAUUCUGAUUCAUACUGUAACUACCAAUGUCAUUGUAGACCUUUGAAUGGUUGCCAAGGGAAACCCGAAAUUAAUUUUAAUCUCGUCACUCGAAAUGGUGUACCAAAUAAGCAGACCCAUCCAGGUCUUAGAAAUUAUACAAAAGACAAUGAGUUGUACUACAAUAAUUUGGGAAAUAUAAAAUCUCCAACAAGCAGUCAAACUCCCUCAUAUGAGUCCAGAAAUUCAUAUUCAUCUGAAGCUAGUAUUAAUAGAAGAGUUUCCUAUGAUUCUCCUAAUUCAUAUACUUCUCAAAUAAAACCAAAUGUUUCUACAAAAUCAAAUUGUAAAUCUUGUGCGGAAUGUCAGCACAUAGAUUUCACAAAAACUGCUUGUGUUCGAAAAUCAACACAACAUCAUCAGUCCUGUCAUUGUAACUGCAAUCUUUGCCGUAAAAUCUCACCGACUAGAACCAGUGUCUUACGAUCGGCAAGAAAUUCUUUUUCAUCCUCUAAAAGUUGUCCCCAACUGGAUAUAAUUAAAGAGGAAGAACCAGAAAAUGAAGAUCUUAUAAAUUUGAUUAGUAAUAAAAAUAAUCCCGUAGGAAACGUUUCACGAGAAAUCCAAACAAAGUCUGAAACUCGAUCAAAAGCAACUUCAUCUGAACCGUUAAAAAUGCAAAAAUCUUUAGAAGAUUCUUGUGCAGAUUUCUUAAAUAUUGUUUGUGAUAAUAUUUUGGAAUCUGUGCAGAAAUCAGUCGAUCAUAAGUUGCAGGAGUAUUGCGGCAAUGUUGAAGAAAAUUUUGAGAGUUUGGUUCGAAAAGUUGAAAAGAGCGAAUCUGCUGUGAAAGGUGUAUGCUGGGAAAUAUUGGAAAAAAUGACUGAGCAAAAUAAAAAUAAUUUCGAACAAAUCUGCGCACUUGUACAAAAUCUAGUGGAAAAUCGAACAGCCAAUCAAUAUGCCAUGACAAGGAACAAUUGUCAAGAUAAAGAAUGUCAGUGCGAGCCCUUGGUUGGGGAGGAAAAUUCUGAUAUAAAUAAAGAGGAUAGAAGUGUGGAAAAAACCAUAAAAUCUUUAGGAAAAAGUGCAAAUGAGGAUUUUCGUAAGGAGGAAAACGCAAAUGAUAUUAAAUCAAAAUGGUGUAAUUGCUGCCAUUGUAAUGAUUCAUAUUUAGCUCAGCUUUUAGAGCCACAUAAAACGUAUUCCAGUAAAAUUGCAGAAGCAGACGCCAUUGGCACUUCCACUUCGCCCAAAUCUAAUUUUCACAACAGAACUGCAGGUGGUUGUUCCAAUUGUGGAAAAUAUAAAAAAGAAGAUGUAGAAUUGGUGAAAGUGCCAAAAGAUAAUAUUCCUGAAGUAAUUUUAUCCAGAAACUCAGUUGUGGUAGACGAUUUAAAAAUUAUGGAAUUCUCAACUAAAGAAGUAACUACAACCGAAAACCCAGCUGUAAAUAAUGAAAGUUUAAAUACGGAACAUAAUCAAACAACUAUGGCGGAACCUUUUAACUGUCCUGCAUCUGAAUUAAAUUCACCUAGUACUUCUGAAACAAUAACAUCUCAGCAUGUAUUGGAUAGUACUGAAAGAGACAAAUGUCUUCCAAAAUAUACAACAUUUUCUUUAACACCUUCGGGAAAGACAAUUUUCAAUUGCAACUGUACUACUACGGGAUAUGGUAAUAAUGUAACUACACAGUUUUGUGCUUGUAAAACUUCCAACGAUACAAAAUUGGAACUUAAGCCAGUCUGCAGAAAUCUUUACGAUAACUACGACACCAGUGGUUAUGCCACAGAACCAGAGGACAAUAAUGAUAGUACAACCAAUUGCAAUAGUGCACGUAAGAAAUUACAAAAGAAGGCAUCGAAACAACAUUGCAGUUCUCAGACUUUGGAUGAGGGAAGUACUGGUAGUGGAUAUGAUUAUGGCAUCGAAAAGCGUAGCAGUCAUCUGAUUGAAAGAUCGAGUAAAAUAAAUACUUCUAUGACAUGUAGUCGUUCACCAACAAGAUUAUCGCGUUUGUGAUUAUGAUUAAUAUAGUGAGUAGAAUUGCCUUAAAGAAAUCUUGAAAAUUGAAAAAUAUCGCUUAUUUAGAAUUUAAAUUGCUUUCUCAAUAAAAAUUAAAACGGAAAUAGAAACAGUA